UCAAACUACAAAUCGCUGUUACUGGCUGAGGAAACAACAUGUCGUGAGGCGAUUGAUAUUCUUUUGAGCAUGAACCGGAAGGAGCCAGAUGGCGACUAUGCGUUGUUCCUCACAGCACCUGAAGGGGAGGCACAAAUACCUUCCGAGGUCUCUCUGGUGCCAAUUGCUGUGUUGUGUCAACCUUAUCAUAAGAUUGUUAUACGACAAGUUGAUUCCCUGUAG